AUGAAGAUGGAUAAUAUGCAACAAAAUCAAACAUGUGAUACAGACAAGGAUACAGAUAUAAAUGAUAUAUUUGAUGAUAUACUACUUGGUGAAGAGAAGGUGAUAGAGAAGGCUUAUGAAGAAGGUUUUAAAAUAGGUGUUUCAAAGGGCAGUGCAGAAGGGUAUCACUUAGGUUACCACCGAGGUGCUGAGUUAGGAGCUGAAAUAGGUUUUUACACUGGAAUUAUUGAAAGAUACUUAGAAUAUUACAAACACAUUGCUACAAGCAACCAGGAAAAAAUAGUUAGUGCUUUAGAGAAGUUGAAGGAAAUAUUAUGUAAUUUUCCCAUACACAAUACUGAAGAGGUUGAUAUUAUAGAGUUAGCUAAUACAAUCAGAGCAAACUUCAAAAAAGUAUGUGCCCAAUGUAAAAUUGAUGCUAGUUUUCCAGAAAAAGAUAAUUUGUCCUUUUGA